UUACAGGGCCCUUCAGCAAGCCAUGCUUUCUUGUGGUUGGAUCUUUUAUUAAGGCCGUUUCUUAGGUUGUUAUCUCAGUGAAUUGCAGAAAUGAAAUUGGUUGGUAUUAGAAUGUUCUGUUUUCUUGUUACAGAGAUGGGUUCCCAAAUAUAAUUUAUGAAAAUGGAGAACGAGAACCAAACUGUCAUAAAAGAAUUUAUUUUAAUUGGACUUUCUCGGGACCGGAGGACUCGAAUUCUUCUUUUUGUCUUGUUUUUGUUCAUGUACUUACUGACCAUUUUUGGGAAUAUUUUGUUAAUAUGCGCAGUUAUAGCCAAUCCUCGUAUACACACGCCUAUGUACUAUUUUCUCUGCCAGUUAUCCUUUCUGGAUUUAUUCUAUUCAACAAGUACUGUCCCCAAAAUGUUACUAGAUCUGAUUUCUACAAUGGGAGGAAGAAUAUCAUACAUUGGGUGUAUCGCACAAAUGAAUAUAAGUCUAUUCCUAGGACAAACGGAAUGUAUCCUGCUGGCGGUGAUGGCGUACGAUCGUUUCGUAGCGAUCUGCUUUCCCUUACGUUAUAUGGUUAUUAUGAGCUGGAGGAUAUGUAAGACUAUGUCCGUCAUUGUAUGGCUGGGGAACUUUGCUUGUGCCAUCCUUACUACAGUUUCAAGCCUACGUCCGAUCUGCAAAGGAAACCAAAUCGAUCAUUUUGUUUGUGAAAUGAUAGCUUUAAUGAAACUGUUUUGUGGAGAUAUUUCAGUUGAUGAAGCCAAAAUCAUUUUUGCAAGUUUCUUCACACUUUUAGUCCCUUUUGGUUUAAUUGUAGUUUCCUACACGUGUAUCAUAGCGUCCAUAUUGAAAAUCCAUUCUGUGGAUGGAAGGACUAAGGCAUUUUCUACAUGUGGUUCCCACCUGACUGUAGUAUUAAUUUUUUAUGGGACCAGUAUGUCUCUGUACCUGGGGCCAAAAAAAUUUUUUUCAACAAAAAACAAAUAUGUAUCAGUCUUAUACGGUGUUGUGACUCCCAUGUUAAACCCAUUGAUUUAUAGUCUGAGAAAUCAUGAGGUUAAAGUUGCAGUUCGGAAAGUAUGUAAUAUUUAG